UUUACGCAAAAUUGUCUUAGUUUUAGAUGUCAAAGAAGUGCCGUGUAUUCAUUGUUAACUUGGAUUUAGUGUCAAUAUGAUAUCGUGAUAUAUUUAUAGAUAAAACGCAUUACAUGAAUGACCUACGUGUAGGAAAUCGUGACAAGAAACAAUGAUUUGAUCUGCAACAUUGUUCUGAAACUAACCGAAGUCUUAAGAUUUUGUGUAAAAAGAAAACGACUAUUCUAUUAAUUUGUGAAAAUCUAAAACAGUAGUUAUACGAACGAAAGAACUGGCAUAAUGCAUGGCAACUUAUCAAACCGAAUGGAAUAAUAUGACAUUAAGAUAUUUUUAUGUGUGAUGUAUACCGAAAAUUGGACUUUACAAGCACAGGUACUGGGUUCAUGUGCUGUGAAAGUAAACAUACUUGGUAAAGAAACAAAAAUACUCUGCAGGUGGACUUCAACAUGAAACUGAAAUAUUUUUAGAAAAAAAUACUUCAGCAUGGUACAAUGAAACUACAUCUUAAAUGAAUGUAAAGAUAUUAUUUGAUUAUGAUCUAGGAAAUCAGUCUUGUUAGACGCACAAUAUGGUUAUACCCAGUUUCUACCGAAAUUACUGACAUUUAAUUAGCAGUGCGUUUAAGAUUGCGUGAUUUGCAUAUCAAGAUAUGCAAUGAUAACAUAGAAGAAUGGACAGCUGCAUUAGGAAACAUAAUUUACUUAAUUGCAAUAUUGCAAUAAAUAAUAGAAAAUAUUGAUAUUCUUUAUAUUGUCAGACGGAUUACGAGAUUGUUUUCCUGCAGGAUCAGUGCAGCAAAUAAUGCUCGUUUCAAAGUGGCAUUGCGUUGUAAAUUAUUUAUUACGUGCCGAGUUGUUAUUUUGCCUGAUGCGGGGAAUUAUGCCUGCGUCGCCGGAAGUAGGUCUUCAACCACAUUGUAUACAAAUGUCUAGAGACAAAGAAGGGAAAACUUUUCAUGAAUUUCAUCCAAUACAAAUGAAUGGUAAAUAAACUUUGUGGACGACUGGUCAUGGGAAAUUAACAUUUUUUGUUAGCAAACAUAAUCAUAUACAGAAUUUCCGGAACCACAUUUUGAGGCUGAUGAUAUUCUAGUAGAAAUAUGUCCGAACAAAACAACGCUGAAGAUGAGCUGGAAAAUGAAGCGGAACACAGGUGGCGACAUGCAGUUGUACUACCGGUUGAAGGGAAUAUUUAGUGGACAACUUCUGCUCUAUAGAUGUGUUAAACUUCCCUUGCAAUACUCAAACCAGCGUAGUCAUAUUAUGUGCUGGUUCCCCAUGCGUUAUUUAUCAUAUCGACCAAUAAUUAGUGCUUACGCGUCAUCAUUGACAGAUGGGCAACCGCAGCAGUCCUACUUUGGUGAACUAAAUACCAAUAUGUUAGCUGAUGGUGACAGUUGUAAACAUGUUUGUGAUAUGACAAAUAUUCAAAUAAAGCCGGUGAUAUUGUGCAGUCAUAAAUCGUAUGUAAAAUUUGAUACAUCAGUUUCUAUGAGGGGGCUGUAUUUAUAUCCAAUCGAUUCAACAAUAUGCAAGAAGACGACGCGAAAACAUAUUUUAAAAAAGAAAUCCAAUAGGCUGGAAUUUUCGCUGAACUGUACUCAUUCUGGUUUAGUCAAUAUAACAGUAUAUUUUAAGACACAUGGUCACUAUUGCAGCAAAUACUACACUGUUAGACUGAUUUGCGAUUCUACUACAACAACUUCUGUAUUUUCUGUGUUUUCUACGGAAGCAAAGAAUAAUUCGGACUCUACUACUAACCUGUAUAUUACAUUAGGAAUCUUCCUGUCUACCCUAGUCAACGCAGUUAUCGUUUAUUUCGUUUGUCAAAGAUCAAGGAAGAUUCCAAGAGUUCGUCAAAACUUGGAUGAUAUAAAUAUUGGUAUAGAUGGUCACGUUGAUAUCCCACUGAAUGUGUUGAAUAACCAAUCCAACAAUGUGACAGUAGACAACGAGGACUUUAGUUCAACGCCAUGCGUCAUUGAAAUGAUUACUAAAGUAUAACCCACAGUGACAUCUA